AUGAAAAGUAAUGUCACACCACACAAGUUGCUGCUGACUUGGGUGAAUUGCGCUAGUGUGCGCUGGGCAACACGAGUACAGGAUGUCUUCACUGCAGGAAAACUUCUGGCCCUCAUUCUUAUCAUCAUCAUGGGCAUCGUACAAAUCUGCAAGGGCGAGUAUUACUGGUUGGAGCCGGCCAAUGCUUUCGAGCCAUUUCAAGACUAUGAUGUCGGUCUGAUCGCUUUAGCAUUUCUACAGGGGUCCUUCGCCUACGGUGGCUGGAAUUUCCUCAAUUAUGUCACAGAGGAACUCGUCGACCCAUAUGUGAACCUUCCCCGUGCUAUCUUCAUCUCCAUUCCCCUCGUGACCUUUGUGUACGUUUUUGCUAACAUUGCUUAUGUCACUGCCAUGAGCCCUCAGGAGCUGCUGGCUUCUAAUGCUGUAGCUGUGACGUUUGGUGAGAAGCUGUUGGGAGUGAUGUCAUGGAUCAUGCCCAUCUCUGUGGCCUUGUCCACAUUUGGGGGGGUCAACGGCUCCCUCUUCACCUCCUCUCGGUUGUUCUUCGCGGGUGCACGUGAAGGUCAUCUACCUAGAUUACUGGCGAUGAUUCAUGUGAAGCGCUGCACCCCAAUUCCAGCCCUACUCUUCACUUGCAUCUCAACACUUCUGAUGCUAUGCACCAGUGACAUGUACACACUCAUCAACUAUGUGGGUUUCAUCAACUACCUCUUCUACGGUGUCACUGUUGCGGGGCAGAUCGUGCUGCGGGUUAAACAACCAGAUAUGCACCGGCCAAUUAAAAUCAGUCUGGUGUGGCCUGUCAUCUACCUGCUGUUCUGGGCCUUCCUGCUGAUCUUCUCUCUGUACUCGGAGCCUGUGGUGUGUGGCAUUGGCUUGGCCAUCAUGCUUACUGGAGUCCCUGUCUAUUUCUUGGGCGUAUACUGGGACAACAAACCCCAGUGUUUCGAUACAUUUGUUGACAAGAUGACAUACCUGGGUCAGAAGUUUUGUGUAGUGGUCUACCCGGUGGAGGAUGAGAAGAAAAACGAGGAGUCUGGAGAGGAGAUUGAACUGAAGGAGCAGUCGGUUCCACUGUCAGCAGAGGAUGAGCAGACACCAAAAUCAGCUGACUGCUGAACAGACAUGUGGAGACACACUCAUUCACUCACAUACAGGCAGCCAGACUUAUUCAGAUAGACACUGGAAAUCAAACUCAGAUUUUUCACAUACCUCUAUAUUUUGCCUUUUCAUAAAGAGGGGGUUGCACAGAGUAAUGAACAGAGACUAGCUGCUCCACAGGUUAUGUGGUUCUUUUACAAAGUUCUCCGUUAUCUCUAGUUGCUAGUCCCUUAGCAACUGCCUUCUACUCCAUUGGUUGUGCAACAGAAUUACAACAUUAAAAUGUGGAAUGACAUAAAGCUCUAGAAUGUAUUACUUAUAAACACUGGUUUGGAAGGAUGUGCAUUUUUUACAAUGACCUUUCUGAAACAUUCUUUUCUAUGAGAAACAGAGAAUUAGAAUUCUGUUUAGUUUAUGCUAAAAAUGCCAAAAUACAUCAUGGCUUCGCCUUGGCAGGGUUCAUUUUAUUUAUUUAUUUAUUAUCGAGUACAUUCUAAUGUUCUAAUUCUUACCCCCUCUUUAUUUUUUUAUUUCUGUCACCAACACUCCCAGGAGUAAAUUUUUUUUUUUACAAGCCAAAGCUGUAUUUUAAUUUGACAUUUUCUAAUUUCAAGUGUAUUUCAUCACACCAAAACACGCAUUUCUGUUUAUAUAUUUUGAUAUUUUUGAUUUUCCCAUUCUAAUCAUAUUCCUUUGUCAUUAUGAAAUUGGUAUUGUUCUUUUACAUUUUAUUUUCUCUUUCCUGAAGGAAAGCUCUAGGACCU